ACCAGACAACAAUGAAAAAAUAUUAAAAGAAUGGCAUGAAAUAUGAAAGAAAAUUUAUAUUAGUGCAUAGUUAGAAAACGAGGUAGAUAUAGAGAGAAAAAGCUGUGUAUACAGUCAAGUGAACUGGAUGAAUUACCGCCUUUACAUGUAAUGUGUGGCAGCUGCUUUUACCCCCCACUCCUUUUCAGUUCCUUUUAUUUAUCAUUUUCAACUAGGCUUCUGCGUGAACUGAACGCUCUCAGUUUCUAAGAGAGGAAAGCGAAGUAUUUCAACUUAGAAAACGAAAACGCAAUAGUUUUCUAAACUAACAUUCAUUAAAAACUACCACCAGCAACAUUACGUACCGUAUCAACAACAAUAACAAUUGUCAUCAUUGUCCAUAAAUAAACACUAAUCGCUUUGUGUGUAUCUAUUUUUCGUGAAGCAAAGAAGAGACAGAGAUGAGUUCAGAAUCUCCUCGCCCUAAAAGAGCAAGAUACUCUCGCAGACAUUCACAUGGGAGUUCUGUAAAUGGCCGCUCCAAUGCCGUAUCUGUUGAGCAGUACAUGAAGAAAUUUCGACACUUAAGAGAAACAACUUCAAAAUCAAAGGAGACAUUGAAGUUUCAAUCUUUACAUUUACACCUCGAGUCAAAUCGGAAGUCACACCAUACAGAUGAAUUUGACCAAAAGUAUCUUAUUGUUCGAAGAGGAAGUUCUUUUAUCCUGGGCUUAACCUUUCAUCGCAAAGUCAUAAAGGAAAUUGAUGAUGUUGUCCUUCAGUUUUCUGUUGGUGAUAAACCACAGGAGAGCAAAGGGACUCUAAUAAGAUUAAAAUUGUUUGAAGAUUUGAGACCACGUGCUUUGAAUAAGGUGAAGCGUAACAAGUGGAUUGUUAAAUGUCUGAGUGUUGAGGGAGAAACUAUUCAGGUGGAAGUAACCCCUGCAGCAAAUUCUUCAAUCGGAAACUACAUGAUUUUUGUAGAGACAAAAAAUGCAGAUGAAAAAGAUGAUGAAGUAGAAAGAUAUUUGCACAAGGAAAGUUUCAUUUUGCUUUUCAACCCUUGGUGUAAAGAUGAUACUGUAUAUAUGGAAAAUGAAAAGCUGCUAGAUGAGUAUAUCUUAAAUGAAACAGGACGAAUAUGGGUUGGUUCUUCAAAAUUUUUUCGAGGUAGACCAUGGAAUUUUGGACAGUUUCAAGAACCCUGCCUUGAUGUAGCUUUGCUUCUGCUGGAUAAAGGAGGUCUUUCUACUGCAGCCAAGAGAGACCCUGUGACAGUCAUUCGUUGCCUUACUGCCUUGACAAACAGCAACGAUGAUGAUGGUCUCAUUGAGGGCAUGUGGGCAGCUGAUUAUCCUAAACCAAGUACACGUCCUUCUGAAUGGAGUGGAAGUACUGCAAUAAUCUCACAGUAUGUUGAAACCUUACAGUCUGUUCGUUAUGGACAGUGUUGGGUUUUCUCAGGGCUAAUGACUACAUUACUUCGUGCUUUGGGAAUACCAACUCGUUCAGUUACCAAUUUCCAAUCAGCACAUGACAGUAAUGCAAGUAUAACGAUAGAUACUCAUUUCGAUGAAAAUAUGGAACCACUUGACUUCUUGAAUGAUUCUAUCUGGAAUUUCCAUGUAUGGAAUGAAUCUUGGUUACGUAGACCUGAUCUUCCCUCUGGUUAUGAUGGUUGGCAGGCUCAUGAUGCUACACCACAAGAAAGUAGUGAUGGCUUGAUGCGCUGUGGACCAUGUCCGGUGAAAGCCAUUAAAGAGGGUGAUGUGUUCAUUAAUUAUGACGCUCCAUUCAUCUUUUCUGAGGUGAAUGGUGACAAAGUAUUCUGGAUGGUUGAUAGUAAAACAGAAGAAAUGAAGGCUGUUCAGGUUGACAAAUCUGCUGUUGGCAAGUUCAUUAGUACUAAAGCAGUUGGAAGUGUGGAGCGGGAAGACAUCACCCAUCUCUAUAAAUAUAAAGAAGGAUCUCAGGAAGAAAGGCAUGUGGUGGCAAAAGCAUGCAGGAAUACCUGUUCAGAACAUGAAGAGAUCUAUGGAGAAGUAGAAGAUGUCUCCUUUGAAGUUGUUGAGUUAAAGAAAGCAAUUUUUGGUAAUAGCUUUACUAUUGGACUUAAGAUACAUUCAAAAUCCAAUCUUCGGACUGUUGAAACUUCAUUUGCUGUUAUGACGUGCUUUUAUACGGGAGUUAAUGACAAAAGAAUUUUCUCUCAGAAAAAUACAGUCACUGCUCAUCCUAACAAAGAUACAAUGGUAAAAUUAACACUCAACCCUGAAGAUUAUGAGUCCAAAAUCAACACUGAUGGAGCAAUGUCUAUUUUCAUUGUGGCAGAAAUUAAAGAAACUGGUCAGAUUUUUGUUGACGAGCACAGCAUUGUUGUUGAGAAGCCAACUUUAAUCCUGAAGUGUCCUGACAGCAUUAAACAUGGGGAUACAUUUGAUCUAACCAUCCAGUUUACAAAUCCACUGAAAGUUGAAAUGAAAAAUAUUAUCUACCAUAUUGAAGGAUCUGGAGUUCGAAAAGCUUUUGAAAUCAGAGAGGAAGGCAGUUUACAGCCGGGUGCUGAGACCACAAAAGUUGUGGAGAUUUAUGCUUAUAAGUAUGGAUCACGAGAAAUCAUUGUUACUCUGUCUUCAGACAAUUUGGAUGACAUAAAUGGAAGUGUACCGAUCCGUGUGAAGUACUCUACUUAGCAGCAGGCAUUCAAGAAGUUUCUUAAAAGAAUGCAUCAUCCAACUUUUUUAUUUUUUGCACAAUACUUUCAUUUUCUUUUCUAACAGUGUUGAUUUUUUCAUCAGUUUUCUCUAGUUUCAUAAAAAUGUGUUCCAUUUAAUAAUACUAAUUGAUUUAAUUGAUUUAUGAGAAGGUAAUUUGGGGAUUUUAACAUUAUAUUUUUUUUAUUAAUGUACAUCUAUUUCUAUAUAUUUGUAUGCAUGGAUUGUAUUAAAAUUCUGGAUGUUUUCCUCGCUAGCAAUAGUUUAACUGGGAGUACAAGCUGUUAUGCUAGUGAACUACAUAAGCAAGCAGAAAUAUAUUACUUUGUCCAGGGAUCAAACAGAAUGUAGUAAAAUUUUAAAUUAUCAUUAUGUGAUCUGUAAACUAAUGUCUCUUACCUUAAUAAUCUUGCAAAUAUUGUGCCUUAUAUAACCCAAUCAUGUGUAUGUGUGUGUAUACACACACACACACACACACACACACACACACACACACACACACACACACACACACACACACACACACACACACACCAGUCACAUAGCUAACGGUAUAAAGGUAUAAAAACAAGUUUAUGGUUAAGAAGUUUUGUUUUAUAAUUUUGUGGUGCUGGGUUUGAACUCUAUGGUUACCUAACAUUUAACUGCUAACUUUUUUGAAUAAGGAGAGUGAAAUAGUGCAGAAGCCUGUAAAAUAUAUAUACACACACAUGCUUACACACACAUACACAUGUGUGUAUGUGUGUGUAUAAUCAUAACAUGAAAUCAGGAGAUAUGAGAGAUAAAUACAGGUUAAUUAUUUCCAUAUGAUUUCCAUAUGAUUGCAGCUGUUUCAUAAUCUUCCCCAUGUUGUUCUAUUAAUUUCAACAUACCGAAUUAUAUACAUAUUUCCUUUACAAAUAGAGCUAUUAUAUCUAUUUCCAUUUUUGGGCUUCUAUACAUUGUAUAUAAACAGUGGAUUUUGUUUGUGUUGGAUCCUGAUUAGCUCCAUGAUGUUUCUGUGUAUAUGAUUAGAUGAGUUAGUUUUCUUUAUUAUACAUCUCUAUGUGAAUAUGCUAUUGUAUUAUAUAAUGCUAAAUAUGCAUAUAGAUGUUAAAUGUAUGUAUAUAAUUUGAAAUGUUGAAAUAAGUAAAGCUAUAAAGGGAAGAUUAUGAAACAACUGGUAUGGAAAUCAUUUGGAAAUAGUUAGUUUGUAUUCACCUCUCAUACCUCAUGAUUUUAUGAUUAUUAUGUACUCCUCAUCGAAAUAUUUACUAUUUGUAUAUCAUGGAAUUUUGGUUGCAUAGACAAGUUAAACUACACCAUAGUUUAAUUACUAUGGAAACUGAUCGGCAGUUCCAUGAGGGAGUGCUCACUGGAAGUUCUGCUUUAUUCACUGAAUCCACUUUUCUUCUUUCUACUUUGUUAUUUUUAAUAGGCUGAAUUGUAACAAUAAAGAUUACAUAUAUUCA